AAUUGUUGUGCUAUGAAAACAGGGCCAGCUGCUAAAAAAACGAAUUAGGCUGAACCGCUGGAAUAGAUUUCAUUGCUGAAGUAUUUCAGUAGAUUUGCCUGUUUUAGGCCAAGAGUUGAAUAAAAUACAAUUCACAGCUUAAAAACUACCUCAUUUCUUCUUUAUUACGACUUACAUAUUUUUUUUUCUCUUCAGAAGGCCAACAUGGAAGACUCGCAGAUGUUAUCCAAUCAGUCUGCUCUCUUCAACAGCACAGAGAUGAAAAGAAGAGUUUACCUGUUCACACCAGCAGGUUUCACCACUAAACUCGUUCUUUUCUCACUUUUGGCAACUAUUGGUAUUGUAGGACUUCUUGGCAAUAUGCUAAUUUACUACUUUAUCUCGACAAAGAAAAAGACCAAGUCAUUUAUGCAAACCGCUCCAUUUGUACGAAACUUUAACUUUUACAUUAAGAACUUAGCUCUUUCAGACAUACUGAGUAAUAUAAUUUCAGUUCCUUUGAUUUGUAUUCAGAUUAUGUUUGAUGUGUUCCAACAUAGCUGGACAUGUAUAAUUGUACGAUCUCUCACCAUACUUUUCCCUUCUAUAACAAUGAAUAAUUUAAUGGUAAUAAGCUUGGAGAGGUAUUUGGCAACCCGUGCCGUUCCCCGCUCGUUCAGUGUCUCUACUGUUCGCAAACUAAUCUUUACUGCAUGGCUUAUAGGCUCAAUUUUCAUUUUAGGGCCAACAGCAACGUUCAAUGGGGUAAGAUAUGACCUGAACGACACACAUUAUACUGUAGUUUGCAAAUAUGACAACAGUUAUUUUACCUCUAAAAUAAUAGUUCUAUGUUAUUCAAUACUACAGCACGUUAUACCUGGUGUUAUUUUAAGUUACCUUAAUAUUGCCGUUGCGAAGACAUUAUGGACACGACAAAAAAGAAGAAUAACUGUUCAGCACACCAACGCCAUCAGGGCCAACUUGAUAGCUGCUAAACUCCGUGGAACAUAUAUUCUUAUCGUUUUAACGUUUGCUUUCAUCAUCCCAUAUUCAGUAUUACCAUAUUAUGCAGCCUAUAUAGCUUUGGCUAAGCCUUCCAUUGAUUUUCAAACUGAUUUCAUGACAAGGUAUCUUAGCGCUGCCCUACUUUAUUCAAACAGCACUAUUAACUUCAUUAUUUACUUGGUACAGAUGAAGGAUUUCCGCGCUUUCUUAAAGAAGCUGUUCUGUGGCAACGGUAAUACUAUGAAUGCUAACCCACCCGGGGACGGGAUUCAACUCCCGAACAAUCGUUGACUUCGCUUUAAAGGAGCUCAGUCACGUACAAAAUUACCUUUAAAUUGAAGGAAACUUGAAAAUAGUAGUUUACUAA